GCCGCGAUCUGCCGUUCACACGCUCAAUCCAAUCUUGCUGUUCCCACGGUUUCUAUACUCAGGUUUGUGUUCUUUUCGAUCUCUCCCUGAUCAUGGAUAUAAUUUCAGUUAAUUUGGCUUUACAAAUGAGAGAUUCACCCAGUGGAAGGGAGUGCUAUUUUUUCUUUGGUUUGUGCGACUAAUCAUGAGCUCAAUUUCUGAAACAAUAUAGUCAUUUCUGCAUCACUGUUUGCAUAAUAGAUUGUAGGAUUGAAUAUCAUUUACAGUCCUGGAACGUAUAAUUCUAGACAGAAGUAAAUUGAUGUUUUGAAACAGUCUUAAAUCAUUUUUUUGUUAGCAACAUGCUUUGAGCAUUUGCAGAAUCCUUAAAUCCUUCUAUUAUCAUUUGUAUACAAUCAUAAACCAUAUAGAAUUUUGAAUGCCGUUUCUGAAAUUUGACCAUUGUAUACAUUGAUAAUCAUGAAAGUUCUAUUCUUUCCAUUAUUCGUAUUCAGUUGGCAACAUGGAUUUUUUGUUUGCUUCUGCAUUUGAAUUAAUCCUUUUGAUGGAAACCAGAACCAGAUAGAUAUGUUUUCAUUGUUGUACGGACUUUGGGAGUAUGCCUUCAGCAAGACAGAGUUUAAUGUCCUUAUCCUGGGGAUUGACAAAGCUGGAAAAACGACAUUAUUAGAAAACUUGAAGUCACAAUUCUUGAACAUAGAAGCCCUUCCACCUGACCGCAUUGUUCCAACUGUUGGACUGAAUAUUGGGCGUGUUGAAGUUUCAAAUUCAAAACUUGUAUUUUGGGAUCUCGGAGGGCAGCCUGGUCUUCGCUCAAUCUGGGAGAAGUAUUACGAGGAGGCACAUGCUGUUCUGUUUGUGGUUGAUGCUGCUUGCCCGUCACGUUUUGAAGAUGCUAAAUCUGCACUUGAAAAGGUUCUCCGGCAUGAGGAGCUUCAAGGAGCCCCACUUUUGAUUUUGGCAAACAAGCAGGAUCUGGCUAAAGCUGUUUCAGUGGAAGAACUUGACCGGUAUCUCGAUCUCAAGAAAUUAGAUGAGAGAGUCUACACUUAUCAAGCCGUUUCAGCAUAUGAAGGUUACAGGACUGGUAUCAAGGAGAGCGUGAACUGGCUUGUGAAUGCUAUGGAGAGAAGUAAGCGAACAGAAAGGCUGAAGCAGCGUGCUGAGUCCACCAGUUUUUGAUAUAUGCUCAAGGCCAUAAUAAUAAUAGUUAGUAUUAGCAUUUCAUACUAUGUAAUCUGUAUGAUCCUUCUGUAAGUAAUCCAUUGCUUACUUUAUUGGUAGCUUGUAAAAUUUAAACCAAUACACACUUGAAUGACAGUAAAACAAUGUUUUUUUGGUCACUACAAGGUGAGAGUGAGAUUUCAGUUUGCUGUCAUCUAC